UGGGUGGUGCUGAUGAUCAUUCAUUCACGUUUUAGGAUCAAUAUCUGGCUGUUUUCCCCUGUGCCUUUAUUUACAGAAUAUUGCAGUCCACUUGCACAUUUGCCUCAUAUUGUCUUUCGAAUUCUGUAGCAGACAUGACCUUAUUAUUUGUAUUUUUAUUUAGCUUAUAUGUAGCUAAUCCUGGUGCUAAUGAAGACAGUGCAGAGGUGACAUGGAGUGAACAAUGACUCUGCCUUGUAGCUGUACCUCCUUAAGCUUGUUUACAGCAGCAGCCAGAGCUACAUUCUGGUAAUGGAUGAGUUUUUCUCCUCCUCAUGUCAGAAGGCUUGCAAAGAAUUAGCAAGUUCCUUUCCAAGCCUCCCAGUGCCAUUCCCACACUUGGAAUAAGCUUGCACAAGGCUUGCUCUCUGUAAAUUUAACAAAAGAUAAGAAAUGAACCAAUACUUUCAAUUGUCAUCAGCCCAAAGAUUCACAAGUCAAAUUCUACUCUGUUUUUUUGUUUGUUUUUUUUUGAGGCAGUGGGGGAGCCUCAUCCCCUGAGCUGCUCAGGAGCAUUCUGGUGAUUUUUAACUGGUAAUUCUGGGCUUCAUUUACUUGAAGAUUCUGCUUGAAGCUGAGCUGCAUUUCCAAUUGUUUUGGUUUGAGUUUGCUUUCUCAAAAUGCCAUUUCUGAGAGGUCUGUGGGUAAUUGAGGUUUUUGCCCAUUUCUAGGCAGGAAGCACCCUGGCUUCAGGCACACACUCAAUUUCUCUUGCACUGCAAGAGGAUUUAUUUAGAAUUCCGUUGCUAACUAGAUUUUUGUAAGUUGAUUUAAUUUCAAACCAAUCAAGAUUGUGGAAGAGACUCUAAAAUAAAGCCUGAGCUAAAAUAAUAAUUUUAAAAUCUUAUUUCCUCCCCAGUGCUGAUAUAACUUCUUUUGGAAGAGGAAAAGCUGAAUCUGAUCCAGUCCAGCAAAUUACUAAAGCUUAACUCUGGGCAUUGGCUGGCUGUAAAAAGACAAACCCCAGUGUUGGAGCUGUCAAAAUCCACCAGGAUUUUAUUCUUUCCUUUGUCUUCCUGCAGAUGUGAUAAACCUUUAAUUCCACCCUCAUUUACUGUGCACCCUCAGAUCUCUGUCUCAUUCCCACCCUGUUCCUUGCCAUCAGCUGGCUUUUGGAUCUGCCUCUGGAAUUCAGUGCAGAAGCUGAAACUAAUACCUGGUUUGAAGAGUUACCAUUAGUCAUGGCCUGGUCUUGGAGAAUUACUGAGGAGAAAUUUGGUUUCAUAGCUUAAUGCAGAAUUUCUUAAUGCAUGUCCAAACUCCUGCUAAAUGCUGGUAUAGAGAGGCAGCUUCAAACCCUUAAAAAAUCUGUUUCCACUUUAACAAUAAAACUGAAUUAGAUCACUACUUUGAAGAUGUUUGUGAGCCUUUUAAAAGCAAAUAUUCCAGUUUUAUUAGUUUUUAACUUAAUUUGUUGGUGGUGUACUUGGUGCUUUCUCUAGAUGGGAGCUAAAUGUGCUUUGUCAAACUAACUGAUCAGUAAUUGGCUUUUAAUAAUCAAACCUUUGGAUUAAGAUAUUUUGAUCAUUCUGAAGCCAAUUAAUUUUUUCAUCCCUUUUUUCCCUUCAAGAUUGAGAAAUUGUUACACACACAAACACUCUAAAAUUUGGAUAAUAUCCAUUUUGUAUUUCAGUAAUUCAAAUAUCCAUUUUGUGUUGAUAUCUGUUUUGUAUUUCAGUAAUUCAAAUAUCCAUUUUAUAUUUCAGUAAUCCAGUGGCAGAUUCUUUGUUCCACUGGACUUACAGCUACAGAAUUGACUGAUGAAACUCCAAUGGCCUCACUUAUUUGGGGCAGGAAAACCACCCAUGUAUGGAGACUACGAGGCUCAGAGGCACUGGCAAGAAAUCACCUACAACUUACCCAUCAGGCAGUGGUACUUCAAUACAAGUGACAACAACCUGCUGUACUGGGGCCUCGAUUACCCACCCCUCACUGCCUACCACAGUUUUGUGUGUGCUUACAUUGCAAAGUUAAUAAAUCCUGAUUGGGUUGCUCUGCACACAUCUCGGGGCUAUGAGAGCCAGCCCCAUAAGUUAUUUAUGCGUACAACAGUGUUUGUUGCUGAUCUGCUGGUUUAUAUCCCUGCAGUUAUUUUAUAUUGUUUUUCCUUGAAAGAAACAUCUGCUAAAAAAAAGGUUUCCAGUGCUCUGUGCAUCCUGCUUUACCCAGGCCUCAUCCUUAUUGACCAUGGGCACUUCCAAUACAACUCAGUGAGCCUUGGCUUGGCCCUGUGGGCUGUCCUUUGUUUGUCCCAUGACUGGGACCUCCUGGGCUCCAUGGCAUUUUGCUUGGCCUUAAAUUAUAAGCAAAUGGAGCUCUACCAUUCCCUGCCCUUUUUUUGCUAUUUACUUGGAAAGUGCUUCAAGAAGGGACUGAAGGGAAAGGGGUUGGUGCUGUUGGCCAAACUGGCAGGGACAGUGCUGGUGUCCUUCGCUGCCUGCUGGCUCCCGUUCGGCACCGACGUGGAACAAAUCAUGCAAGUACUCAGAAGACUCUUUCCCAUUGACAGAGGCUUGUUUGAGGAUAAAGUAGCCAAUAUUUGGUGCAGUCUAAGUGUCCUUAUAAAGAUAAAGAAUGUAAUAUCCCCUCGAACUCAGCUGAAACUCAGUUUUGCUAUAACAUUCCUGAGCCUGCUCCCUGCCUGUAUCAAGCUCACUGUCCAGCCUUCCCUGCGAGGGUUUAAAUUUGCCUUGGUCAGCUGUGCCUUGUCGUUUUUCCUGUUCUCCUUUCAAGUCCAUGAAAAAUCUAUUCUUCUCGUGUCAGUCCCAGUCUGCUUACUCAUAAAUGAAAUCCCCUUCAUGGCCACAUGGUUUCUACUUGUGUCAACUUUCAGCCUGCUGCCCCUGCUGCUCAAGGACGAGCUGCUGCUGCCCUACGCCGUCACCACGCCCGCCUUCCUGGCCGUGUGCCUGGCCUCCUUCUCCAUCCUGGAGAAGACCUCAGCAGAGGACCUGCAGCUCAAGGCCUUCUCCCUUUCCCUCAAGGGCUACGUGUCCUGGUUCAAGUCCUUUCCCAGGAUUGUCAGGAGCCUGGUAAGCAAAUUUUGUUCCUUUUCCCCUUCCUUGCAGCUUCUCCCAGCACUGAAGUACCAGUGGAGGGGCUGUCCCUUUGUGGUGCCACGUGGAAGCGUGCAGAGCAGUAUGCCAUCACUCCUUGUGUUGCAGUUCCUGCUGUCCCUGUCCCUGAUGGGUCUCCUGUCAGUGCUCAGUGCUGCAGUGCCUCCUCCCCAGCGCCUGCCGGAUCUGUUCCCCCUGGCCGUGGCCGUGGUUUCCUGCCUGCACUUCCUGCUCUUCCUGGUGUAUUUUAAUGUUGUGAUACUCUGGGACUCCAGGAGUAGAGGGCAGAAGAAAAUCAGUUAAUGGAGCUGAAGCUGCAGGACUGGGAGUGCUCAGUGAGAGGUGCCAGCACUGCAGAGGAGCCUGUGUGUGAUGGACACAACUCGAGGAAAGCCAGGAAAAACCUUUUGCUUAUUUAAACACAAAACAAUCAAAGACUGUUUUAAAGGAGAAAUAUUUUGAAGAGCAUUGGGAAUGGGAUUUGAUUUGUUUUCUUUGGAAGUGUCAUACUUUUGUUACCAUUUGUUAACCUAAAAUGCUUAAUAAAGGACCAAAUUUUGAAUUAAUGCUAAAA